AGAUUCGCAUGGGGAUUUGAGUGGGAGGAGCCGGAUUUGACGAAGGGUGUGAUGGAUCUGCAGAGGACGGAUGGAGUUUCUGAGCAUGUUUCUGCUCAAUCCAAUGAGGUAGAAAAUGUUAGUAGCAUUGUUGAUUGGUCAAAACUUGUGAUUGAACCUGAGAAGGAUGAGGUUGAAGAGGAGUCUCUUGAUGAAAAAGGGAUACCAGAUGAAAAGCCUGUGAAUGAGAAUGCGAUGUUCGCGCUGCUGGGUCUAAAAACAGAGGCAGAUGAGGACGGAAUGAAGCCUUGUCCGAUUGUUGCUCCUACUCCUGACUUAGAUGAUACUAAAGAUGUGGCUAUUCUUGUUGAUGAUAUGGCUGAAGAGGAAGCACUUAUUGCAUGGGAUGAACGACACCCGAAGAUGGAUAUAGGGACACCUUAUCCUGAUAUGGCUGCAUUUAGAAAGGCAAUCAAACAGUUUGCUAUCAAUGGAGAGUUUGAGUAUGGCACUACAAAAAAUGAGCCAGCCAGGUUUCGGGCUUUUUGUAAAGGUCAAGGCAUAAAAGGUGAACCUUGCCAAUGGUGUUUGUUAGCUAGUUGGCAGAGAGACCAGAAUUGUGUGAUGGUUGUGAAGCAUCAAACUGAGCACAUUUGUAGCUCGACGAGUGGAAAAGUGACAAGCAUGACUGAUCAAGCUUGGGUGGCUGAAAGGGUAGCAGCUAUGUUGAAGAAAGAUCCAACAAUUGGUGCUACCAAGAUACUGCAUGUGUUGCAGGAUGAGUAUCAUGUCACACUUGACUAUCACACGGUGUGGAAAGGAAAACAAAAGGCAGCAACCAGCUUGUAUGGGAGUUGGGAAGAAAGUUUCAGGAUGUUGUACAACUACAAGGCUGAGAUAGAACUGAGAUCUCCAGGGAGUAUUGUAGAGAUUGAUACAACUACAGUUGAUGGCCAGGUACAUUUCAGCAGACUAUUUAUUGCUUUCAAGCCUUGCAUAGAUGGGUUUUUGAAUGGAUGCAGGCCUUAUAUUAGCAUUGAUUCAACUCAUUUAAAUGGCAAGUGGAAUGGCCAGUUAGCUGUAGUUACUGCUUUGGAUGGCCACAACUGGAUGUUCCCAGUUGCUUAUGGCUUUAUUGAGUCUGAAAAUGGAGAUAAUUGGGCCUGGUUCAUGAAUCAAGUGAAGAAGGCAAUUGGGGACCCUCCGGUAUUGGCUGUUUGUACUGAUGCUUGCAAGGGUCUUGAAAAUGCUGUCAAAAAGGUUUUUCCUCAAGCUGAGCAGCGUGAGUGCUUUAGGCAUAUGUACCACAAUUUCAGGAAAUAUUUUCAUGGUGAUGUGUUUGGACGGUUGUGGCCUGCUGCUAGGGCAUAUAGGUAUGAGGAAUAUAAACAUCACAUGGAAAAGGUGUUUGCAGCAUCGGAGAAAGUAUAUCCUUAUCUUAGGGAUUACCAUAGUUUGCUAUGGAUGAGGUGCAUGUUUAACCCUGCCAUCAAGUGUGACUACAUAAAUAACAAUCUUGCUGAGUGCUUUAAUGCUUGGGUGCGAGAUAUCAAGGACUUGCCUAUAGUUCAACUAGCUGAUCAGAUUAGAGAGAUGAUUAUGGCACUAUUUAGGAAGAGAAGAAUGCUUGCUGAGAGGUUUGCAGGGAUAAUACUGCCAUUUGUCAUACACCAAUUGAAUGCCAAGACUAGAGGACUAGGACAUCUCAAGGCUAAAGCAUCCGCUGAUUUUAGUGCGGAAGUGAGAAAUAUUAACAAGGAUGAUGAAAGACAUGUGGUUAAAACACUCACACACGAGUGUACAUGUCUACAAUGGCAGCACACGGGCAAGCCUUGUGACCAUGCCCUGGCUUUCAUAAAUGUUCUGCAAUCUCGCAACUUUGUCAACAUGGAGGAUUACGUACAUGAGUACUACUCUGUUAGCAGAUUUAAGGCAGCAUAUGAAGGUGUAAUUGAGCCCCUUACGGACAAGAAUCAGUGGCCACAAGUGGAUACAGGUUUUGUAUUGCUUGCACCAAUUCCAACUGGCAAGAAAAAAGGUGCUGGAAGAACCAGAAAACAGAGGAUGAAGAGCUGGUGGGAAGGUGGAUCAAGGACCGGAUCCUUGAACAAAUGCAAAAAAUGCGGGGAGGUAGGACAUAGAGAAGCUAGCUGUCCUAAAAAUGGAACAAAGAAAAGGAAUAGCAAGGGGAAAAAACAUCCAUCUCCAUGGUUUGAUGUUUCAGUCAGCAAUGCAGUCCCUUCUACACCAACAAAAAGCAAGGCUGAUGCUACUUGUAGCAGUCCUGGAGCUAUCACAAGGAGCCAAACUGCUUGUCAAGCUAGUCCUGGAGCUGUCACAAGGAGCCAGGCCGCAUCUCAGGCCGCUACGCCACCAACAAAGUCUCCAGCAAAAGGAAAGAAGAAGAAAAUGACUCCUAAACGGAGGAAAUUAAGCGAAAUGUGAGCUUGUUUGUGGCUGUCAUGAAGUCACAUUAGUUGCUGUCAUUUUAUUGUUAUGUAAGCCGUGAGGUGCAAACUCACUUUUAUUGCUGUUUGUGUGAGGUAGAAACUCACUUCUAUUGUUGGUUCUGUGAGGUACAAACUCACUAAUAUUCCUAUUUGUGAGGUAGAAACUCACUUAUUUUGAUGUGCACGUGAGUUGGAGACUCACAUAUAUUUGUGGCUGUGCACUCGUAUUGAACUUAUUAUCUAUUCUAUGAAAUUAUUUUUGGCUG